UAUCUACCUCAUGCAAUUGCUACCCCAAAAGAUUCUCCUUCCCUAUGAAUUAAUAUAUACUUCCUCCCACUCUCUAAGAUAAAAUAUAAAGUGCAAGAAAAUAUGAUGGGAAGGGUGAAGAAGUAGCAAUUUCAAUGCAUCAUCACAAUCUCCACGACAUGGAUAAGUGUUUUCCGGCGGCGGCGGUGGAGGUGAGAUAUACGCAGUUGCGGGUGGAGGCGGAGUGUGAGCUAGUCAAGGGGAAGCCGCUCCCAACUCUCUGGAAUUCCCUCGCUUUGGGCGCUACGAGGCUAGUAGGUUUGAAGUCAAGAGAGACCCGCAUAAACAUUAUUGAUGAUGUUAGUGGCGUCAUCAAGCCUGGAAGAAUGACUCUACUACUUGGUCCUCCAGGCUGUGGGAAGACUACAUUUUUGAAGGCUCUUUCAGGGAACUUGAGCACAUCGCUCAAGAUGACAGGGGAGAUUUCAUACAAUGGAUAUAAUGUCCAAGACUUUGUAGCACCAAAAGUUUCUGCGUAUGUAGGCCAAUAUGAUCGGCAUAUCCCUGAAAUGACUGUUAGAGAAACACUAGAUUUUUCAGGUCGUUGUCAGGGCGUUGGAAAUAGAGCAGAAAUUUUGAUGGAGCUCAUCAGAAGGGAGAAACAUGAAAAUAUUGUUCCACACCCUGACGUUGAUGCUUUCAUGAAGGCAAAUGUUGUGGAAGGACAAAAGACAAGUAUUCAAACGGACUACAAUCUGAAAAUUCUUGGCCUUGACACUUGUGCUGACACGCUCGUUGGAGAUUCCAUGAAGAGAGGCAUCUCUGGUGGUCAGAAGAAAAGACUCACACUAGGUGAGAUGCUUGUUGGACCAACAAAUGUUUUCUUCAUGGAUGAAAUAUCAAAUGGUUUAGACAGCUCAACAGUAUACCAGAUCGUUUCUUACCUUCAACAACUGGCUCAUGUCACUGAUGCUACAAUAAUUGUUUCACUUCUUCAACCAGCUCCAGAAAUCUAUGAUCUCUUUGAUGACAUCAUCUUAAUGGCUGAAGGAAAGAUUGUGUAUCAGGGAUCUCGUGAUGAAGUUCUUGAGUUUUUCGAUAGUUUUGGAUUCAAGUGUCCUGCAAGGAAAGAAGUGGCCGGUUUUCUUCAAGAGAUUAUUUCUCCGAAAGAUCAAGAGCAAUACUGGUACAAAUCUCAGGAAACAUACAACUAUGUUUCAGUUCAUAUGUUCUCAAGGAAAUUUAAGGAGUCUGACCAUGGAUGUAAGCUUACCGAGGAGCUAUCUGCACCUUUCUACAAGUCCAAGAGUCAAAAUAUUUCCUUCAACGUUAGUGCGUAUUCACUUAAAAAAUGGGCUCUUUUUAGAACCUGCAUGUCAAGAGAACUUCUUCUUAUGAAAAGGAAUUCCUUCAUUUACGUAUUCAAAUCUGUUCAGCUGGUCAUAUUGGCAUCUAUCACAAUGACAGUAUUUUUGAGGACACAGAUGAGUGUCGAUCUUCUCCAUGCGAAUAGUUACUUGGGAGCUCUAUUUUACUCUCUGAUUAUCCUCGUUGUCGAUGGUAUUCCUGAGCUCUCCAUGACUGUUGCAAGACUUGCAGUUUUCUACAAACAGAGAGACUUGCAUUUCUACCCUGCCUGGGCAUAUGCAGUUCCAGCUACCAUUCUCAAGAUUCCUCUCUCGUUAUUAGAAUCUGCAGUCUGGACAUGUUUUACUUACUACACAAUUGGCUAUAGCCCGCAGGCUAGCAGGUUCUUCCGCCAAAUGAUGGUGUUCUUUGCUGUUCACUUAACCUCUAUAUCAUUGUGCCGUUUUGUGGCAGCAGUCUUCCAGACCAUGGUUGUAUCUGCAACAGUUGGUAGUAUAGUAAUGUUAUAUAUGUUUCUACUAAGUGGCUUCAUAAUCCCAAAGUCUUCCAUGCCAAUUUGGUUAAAGUGGGCAUUUUGGAUUUCCCCUUUAUCGUAUGGGGAGAUAGGCCUUUCUUUAAAUGAAUUUCUUGCUCCGAGAUGGCAGAAGCAACUAUCUGGUAAUUCAACAAUGGGACGUCAAACACUAGAAAACCGUGGGCUAUAUUUCGAUGGACAUUUUUUUUGGAUAUCUCUCGGUGCCAUGUUGGGCUUUGUGCUACUCUUUAAUACUGGGUUCACAUUGGCCUUGAGUUUCUUGAAACCUCCUGGUUCUCGUGCUAUUAUUUCAAUUGAAAAACUCUCUGAACUACGUGGCAAAGAAUUGGUCGGUGAAGUCCAUUCACAGAAACAAUUUGGAAUUUCUUCCACAAGCUCCCGUGCUAAAUCUCAUAGAGGAUUUAUCUAUUAUCGUAUCACAGGUAGAGUUGUUUUACCUUUUGAACCACUAAGUAUAGUGUUCCAAGAUGUGCAAUACUAUGUCGAACCGCCUAAGGCAAUGAAAAAGCACAUAGUUUCUCAGAAAGGACUGCAACUUCUUCAUGACAUUACUGGUGCAUUUAAACCUGGCAUCCUGACAGCACUCAUGGGUGUAAGUGGAGCUGGAAAAACAACACUUCUUGACGUUCUUGCUGGUAGAAAAACCAGUGGUACUACGGAAGGAGUAGUAAAAAUCGGAGGCUAUCACAAAGUUCAAAGCACAUUUUCAAGGAUUUCAGCGUACUGUGAGCAAACUGACAUACAUUCUCCUCAAAUCACCGUGGAAGAAUCAGUUAUUUUCUCUGCAUGGCUGCGUCUUGAUCCUCAAAUUCACCCAAAGACAAAAUCAGAUUUUGUAAAAGAAGUUCUUGAAAUCAUUGAGCUUGAUGGAAUCAAAGAUGCACUGGUGGGCAUUCCAGGUGUUAAUGGUCUUUCAACAGAGCAACGCAAACGGUUGACAAUAGCUGUGGAACUUGUUGCUAACCCUUCAAUCAUCUUUGUGGAUGAGCCUACAACUGGUCUGGAUGCCAGAGCAGCGGCAAUCGUCAUGCGUGCAGUCAAGAACAUAGCUGAUACUGGGAGAACAAUUGUUUGCACCAUUCACCAGCCAAGCAUAGAUAUAUUUGAAGCAUUUGACGAGUUAUUACUUCUGAAAGCUAGAGGGUGCAUGAUCUAUUGGGGACCUAUGGGACGUUGUUCUUCUAAAGUGAUCGAAUAUUUUGAGGGUAUCUCUGGAGUGCCUAAACUAAAAGAUGGAUGCAAUCCUGCGACAUGGAUGCUAGAGGUGACUUCUGCUUCUUCAGAAGAUGAACUUAGCAUAGACUUUGGCGAAAUUUACAACAAGUCUACUUUGCAUGAAGAUAACAAAGAGCUUGUAAAGAGACUUGGUAUGCCACCUUCUGGCUCAAAAGAUUUACACUUCCCUACACGCUACGCUCAAACUGGAUGGGGACAAUUCAAGACCUGCCUCUGGAAGCAGCACUGGUCUUACUGGAGAAGUCCUUCAUACAACUUGCGACGCAUAAUUUAUAUGCUUAAUGCGGCUUUCCUAUUUGGAUUCCUGUUCUGGGGUCAAGGCCAGAAAUUACGAGAUCAACAGAGUCUACUGACACUACUUGGUUCAACAUAUUGCUCCAUUAUAUUCAGUGGCAUACAUAACUGCCAGUCGGUAUUGUCAUACAUCAGCACAGAACGUACUGUGUUCUACAGAGAGAGGUUUGCUGGGAUGUAUGCUUCGUGGGCAUAUUCAGCUGCUCAGGUCAUCAUUGAGAUCCCAUACGUCUUCGUCCAAGCACUUAUUUUCACAGUCAUCACAUAUCCUAUGAUUGGAUACUACUUGUCAGCAUACAAGGUCUUUAUAUAUUUCUACUGUAUAUUUUGUACGCUGCUAUACUACACAUAUCUCGGGAUGCUAGUGAUUGCAAUCACCCCAAGCUUUCCGGUGGCAGCCACUCUGCAGUCGGCCUUCUACACGACGUUCAACUUGUUUGCUGGCUUUUUUAUUCCUCGUCCGCAAAUUCCUAAGUGGUGGAUAUGGUUCUACUACGUGGUUCCUACUUCAUGGUCAUUGAACGGGAUUCUUACGUCUCAAUACGGAGACGUAGAGAAGGAGGUUACAGUAUUUGGAGAGACGGAGACCGUAUCAGGCUUUCUCAGAAAGUAUUUUGGAUUUCACCAUAACAUGUUACCUUUGGUUAUUCUGGUAUUAACUUGUUAUCCUAUUCUUUUUGCUUCUGUCUUUGCUUACUGCAUAGGGAAGUUAAACUACCAAAGAAGGUGAAGAUUUGUAUCAAUUUAUUUUAAUGGGAAGACUAACUACCAAAUAAGGGGGAAAUUUGUAACUACUUUUCUUUUUCAAUGGGAAGACUCGGUUUCUUUUAUGUCGAGAAAAAUUCAAAUAAAAAUUACUUUAAAUUUUUUGCA